CACAUCCUGCCAUGUCUUCUGGCAGACCUACAUUAGUUUGUGGUUUUUUAUUUUAUUUUUUAUAUAUCAGAUUAAAAUUUCUUUAUAUUAAUACUUUGCAUGGCCCAGUGUGCGCGCCCCAGCCCACCCCAAGGUCUGCCUGGCAUAUUCCGUAAGCGUACACCCACACUAAAAUGCGUGUGCUCUUUUCAGUUUUCUCACCUCAAUUUUCGUGCUAAGUCGUUCAUUUUGGUAUCAAAUUGUUCAAUAGAAUUCCCUAAAGGGAUACUGUAUAUGUAUAAAAGGUCAAAAAGCCUGGCGUGCCCCCGCAGCAAACCUGAAAAUCGGCCAAGCAUUACCCGUGAGCGAGCACCCAUCCGCAACACCUGCACUCAAAUGUUGAUAAUCUUUUAUUUUUUUUCAGUUUUAUCACCUAAAUUUUUGUGUUGCGUUGUUCAUUUUGGUAUCACAUUGUUUGCAAUAGAAUGCUCUAAAGGGAUAUAUGCAUACAAGGACAAAUGAAAGAACAACAUUACCAAUACCAUAAGAUAAAGUAUAUCGUCAUGUCAAAAAACAGCUUUUUGUCAUUAUUUGAAUGUAAUACAUGAAUUUUCUAACUUUUAUUAGAAUGUCUUGAUUGUCUUUGGAAAUGACAUUAUUGUUAUGACUAUGAAAAUACUUUGAAAUUAAUUCAUAUAGUUUUGCAGUCAUAAAAGUAUUGAAUGAAGGUACAUGCCACAAUUUACCUGUUUGCCAGUACAUUCUCAUCAUUGGCAUCUUCACAAUGCCCAUCAACAUUGUCAUUUCCAAAUAUCUGGCAAGCUCUUUUACUCUCACUUCAUCUCACUCAUUGUUAGUGUUGUUAGAAACAUUGGACAUGCUUUGUGUUAAAAGUUUGCUUCAUAUACCAUAAAUGUCAGCAAAUCUCUGUUAAAAUCCCAGAGGAGUGCUUGGUACUGGUAUAGUCAAGCCUGGUGGUCCAGUAAAACUGUCUACAAAUGGUGUAGUGUUGUCAGUAGACCAGGCUUCACCAGAACUGGUGUGUGGGGUACAUGCGGUAUGAGUUCUAAUAGCAGGCCCUGCACGUGCAGUGGUAUCAUCACCACUCCCCCUCACUUUUUCAUCCUCACCUGCUGUUUCUUUUAAAACACGUCCCAUAAUUAUCAGAAAAAAUGAAUUUUACCAAAUAUUUUAAUUUUGGACGCAACAUGCGUCCCUGCCGGACAUCCAUAGUUAUUUAUGGAUGCCAUAUCUGUCCCCGCCCACCGAAAGUGUUAAUUAAUCGUUAUAGCAUUCGUAAUAGUGAAUGAUUUCUGAACAGGGGGGGGGGGGGCAAAAGUGUGUGUACAGUAUAUAUUGCAUAGAUUUAGAUCCACUGUACUUGCUUCUGUUGAGAGCUCGUUCACCAUUACGUGUGCUAUACAGUACUGGUAAUGCUACUACAUUUUCCAUCUAUAUUGCUGCUAUUUACCAAUCUAGCUCCUGAUUCCUACUGUUUUUGUCCAGUGUUUUAAUUUCACCAGAAGCUAGUUGAUAAAUGCUGAUUAUGGUUGCAAUAUUUGAAAGAGUAUACAGUAUUUUUAAAUAUAAAAAUUAUUUUAUACUAUUUCCAUAUUGUUACCUUAGCUAUUCCUAUUCUAUUCCCUAAUUUAUUAUUUCCUUAGUUUUUGGUGUGGAUUUGUCCUGUUUUCCCAAACUUGGAACACCCUUUCCUUUAUUUGCAACUUUUAGGACCUACUUUCGACUGUUUCCUUCAAAGUUUUAAUUUCCUUCAAAAAUCUCACCAGAGAUAGUUUGACAUGGUGAUUAAUCCCGGUACUGUGGAUGCCCGAUUGACUGUGAAUGCCUAAUUGACUGUGAAUGCCUAAUUGACUGUAAAUGCGUGACUGCCUGUAAAUGUUUAACCAGUUGCUACCACAACAGUGAAUGCUUGAGUGCCUUUGGUUAUGACUGCCUGUGACUGGUCUUGACUGACAUAUUGUGACUGACUUGUUCUGACUGCCUGCCACAUAACUGUGGCAGUGAAAUGUGUGAAAGGAAAAUCUGGAACCAGUGAUGCAGAUAUGAAAGCAUUUAAGGCGAGCAGGGGAUGGUCUCACCACCACUUCCCUCCUCCUCACCCUCCACAUACACCAACACCGCUCCUCCCUCCCUCCUCCCUCCCUCCUCCCCGUCUCCCAUAUGCCAAAGAGCGUCCUCAGUAAAGGUAAAGUACAGAAGGAUCUCAAGCAGUAUUUGUCAAGCCUAGAGUGCACAACAUCGACCAGCAUAAGUAAUCCUGCAUCUCGGCUCCUGAAGCGGAGAAUUGCCUCGGUAGCAGAUUAUAUAUCAUGUCAGUCUCAGGUGAACUUCCUGAAGGCCUCCAUACUGAAGCUCUUACUCCUGGAAGAAUUUGUGUUAAGUACUGGAGUCGAGUGGGAAGGGAGAAAUAUGACGUGGGAGGACAAUGACGAUUUUAUAUUUGAAUAUUCCACAUCAGAUGUAGCUUAUUUGAAUGCCUUUAUCAGAGUUCUGCAAACAUUUGGGCCAUUUCCUGUUGAGAGAGCUGUGAUUUCAUUUGAUUUUCAGGAUACUGAUGAUAUGAAAUCAGUACUUCAAGCACUAUUUAGUAGUUGUACAAAGAUAAAAAGCAUUCAUCUUGCCGGGAAAUGUGUUCAUCUAGUUGCAUUAAGUAAACUCAAGUGCUUUUCAAAGCAGUUGGAAGAACUGGUAAUGAUAGAUUCAUUUGGAUCUUUAACCAAAGAUGUAUUUUGUGUAUCUCUGUUAGGUAGGCCAUGGAUAGAAUAUAUAUCUAGUCAUGAUGGUAGAUAUAGUUGUUUGGAGCCUCAGUUUCCUGCUUUAAGGCAUUUGUGGUAUCAAAGACAAAAUUCACAUCAAAAUUGGAAUGAUAGUUUGAUAAAAACAGCAAUCUUAACAUACUAUCCAAACCUUAAAACAUUAAACUGGCGUGUAAAUGACUUCAAUCACAAUUAUGCUCUUACAAAAAUCCCCGGGCUCAGUGGUAAGCAAUAUAAUUUAGAAAGCUUAUUGUUAACUACUGUCGAUCUCUCGGACUUGCACAGAAAUUCAGUAACUGAUAGAUUAAUUUGCAGCGUGGAUGUUAUGUACUUGCCUCAGCUAUUUCCCGGCCUGCAAGAUGUAUCUGUAAUAUUUUCAAGAGGGACAGACUGCCAGUGCUCACGUUCCGAGCUCAAGAGUCCUUGCAAAACAAGGGCUUCACAGAGUAUAGAAACUCUGGACAAUAUAAUGCUUGCUUGUAGAAAUAUAGAAUCUCUCACUGCUGUUGGUGAUAUUGUACAUUUAGAAUCUAUUUUGCAUCCUGUUCUAAGUCAUCAUGGACACAGAUUGAAAUCAUUAGGAUUAAGGCUGCAUUCUACAGCAACGACGACACAACAACAUAUUAUAUCAAUUGCUUCCCUUUGCCCUGACUUGGAAAACAUAACAAUCACAGGAAGUGCAUCUUAUGGAGGUAUUAUAUCAGGAUCUCAUACACACAAUAAAUGGCCAAAAGUGAAGAACUUGCAGUUGAUGCUUAAUGUUAUGCAACCAGAGAAUGUAGAGUUAAUACGGAUGCUUUUGUCUGCUUGCUGUUUUGUGGAAAGUUUAUGUAUCGGAAUUUUAGCCAUCGACAAUCUCUGUGCCAUUAUUAGUGAACAUAAAACUGAAAAUAUUGAGGUGCUAAUUUUGCCAGUGUUAGACGAUAUAUCAGAUGUUGAUAUUGAUGAUCAUUUGUGUGUGAUCCUAAAGCACUGCCCGAAACUGCAUUAUAUUUAUGUGCCGAGAAAACUCAAGAGGUGGAGACUUUUGCAAGAGAAGUUGUGGAAUCGUGGCAUUGCUGUGAAAUUUACAGACCUUCUAGCUAGUGGAUUAUAGAUCAAUUUUAUGAAAUUAUGAUAGUGAAUAUUUUUUUAAACAUUUGUGAUAUUUCUCUAAAUACUGUAAAGUGAUAAUUUUUUUUUUUUUUUUUUUGGGGGGGGAUUGGUUAUACAGGACUUUAUUAUUAAGAAAUGACUGCAAAGUAAUGUACAUACAUGAAUAUAUAUAUGAUUAUUUUAUUUUAUUUGUUAACCCCAAAAUUAAAACUUUAAAAUUGUAUA